AUGUGGGAAGACAAAUGUCUGGAUGAGGAUGGGGGUGAGGCCAUUACCAUGAGAGUGCCAAAAUCCGAGCAACCCAUUGCGCUAGCCAAAACUGCAGUGCCAAGACUCCUGGUGCUUUUCUGCCUGGGAAUCUCCGGUCUGGCUUCCCUCCUGGGUCCCCCCCUCAAUCAGCUGAAUGGGCGACUCUGCCUUCCCGGAGCUCCAAACAUCGACCAAAAGGGGAACCAGUCCCGUUCACUCCGCACCAAGAACCGCCGCGCCGGCCACAAGAGUCGCACCAGCGACCCGUGGGGCUCCUCUGCUGGGAAUCUCUUGGAGAAGGAUGAAGUGCGACGUGGGGCUGGGCUGGAGGUGCCCGCCGGCCGCUCAGGGAUCUGGUCCAUCUCCAGGGAAUCAGAGAGGCGGCUCCGAACCCUCCCCCACCCGCCGCCGCCCCGGACCUUGAGAUGCUGGGAGAAGACACGCACGGGAAGAGCAGGAGGAGGACGAAGAGGUCCCAACAGGACAUCUUACUGUCGAAAUCCGCUCUGUGAGCCAGGAUCCUCAGGGGGCUCUAGUGGAAGCCAUACUUCCAGCGCAUCAGUGACCAGUGUUCGUUCCCGUACCAGGAGCAGUUCUGGAACAGGCCUCUCCAGCCCCCCUCUGGCCACCCAAACGGUUGUGCCUCUACAGCACUGCAAGAUCCCUGAGCUGCCAGUCCAGGCCAGCAUUCUGUUUGAGUUGCAGCUCUUCUUCUGCCAGCUCAUAGCGCUCUUUGUCCACUACAUCAACAUCUACAAGACAGUGUGGUGGUAUCCACCUUCCCACCCGCCCUCCCACACCUCCCUGAACUUCCACCUGAUCGACUUCAACUUGCUAAUGGUGACCACCAUCGUUCUGGGCCGCCGCUUCAUUGGGUCCAUCGUGAAGGAGGCUUCUCAGAGGGGGAAGGUCUCCCUCUUUCGCUCCAUCCUGCUGUUCCUCACCCGCUUCACCGUUCUCACGGCAACAGGCUGGAGUCUGUGCCGAUCCCUCAUCCACCUCUUCAGGACCUACUCCUUCCUGAACCUCCUGUUCCUCUGCUAUCCGUUUGGGAUGUACAUUCCGUUCCUGCAGCUAAAUUGUGACCUCCGCAAGACAAGCCUCUUCAACCACAUGGCCUCCAUGGGACCCCGGGAGGCGGUCAGUGGCCUGGCGAGGAGCCGGGACUACCUGCUGACGCUUCGGGAGACGUGGAAGCAGCACACAAGACAGCUGUAUGGCCCAGACGCCAUGCCCACCCAUGCCUGCUGCCUGUCACCCAGCCUCAUCCGCAGCGAGGUGGAGUUCCUCAAGAUGGACUUCAAUUGGCGCAUGAAGGAAGUGCUCGUCAGCUCCAUGCUGAGUGCCUACUAUGUGGCCUUUGUGCCUGUCUGGUUUGUAAAGAACACACAUUACUAUGACAAACGCUGGUCCUGUGAACUCUUCCUGCUGGUGUCCAUCAGUACCUCCGUGAUCCUCAUGCAGCACCUGCUGCCUGCCAGCUACUGUGACCUGCUGCACAAGGCCGCCGCCCAUCUGGGCUGUUGGCAGAAGGUGGACCCAGCACUGUGCUCCAACGUGCUGCAGCACCCGUGGACUGAAGAAUGCAUGUGGCCGCAGGGCGUGCUGGUGAAGCACAGCAAGAAUGUCUACAAAGCCGUAGGCCACUACAACGUGGCUGUCCCCUCUGAUGUCUCCCACUUCCGGUUCCACGUGAGUCUCCUCCCCGGGAAGGAGGGUUGGGCCCUGAGGGAGAGGGUGGGAAUAUCUGCAGGGCAGGAAUGUGAUGUCAUAGCAAGACAAAGCUAUUUUCAGUAUUUCCCCAAUCCAAAGGAAAACAGUGCACACAGGUAGCACAAGGACAGCCAUACAAAUUGUCACUUAAUAACUGCAGCUAGGCCGGGCAUGGUGGCUCACGCCUGUAAUCCCAGCACUUUGGGAGGCCAAGGCAGGCAGAUCACCUAAG